UCUUACAUCAGAGCAAACUGCGAUGAUUAAAAUAUCUGCCUUUAAACAGUCCGUUUCAACGACGUGACCCUGAAGCACAACUUGAGCUUAUUUUCCGCCAAGCCAAAGCACUAAUGGUUCUAGUGAAUAGCCAGAAGAGGGAGAACAUGACUGAGAGAUUGUGAGGCUGGCUCCAGUUAAUUGGAGCCAUAAUCCUUCAGCCCCAGAGGCGUCUGUGCUGCCCGGAGCUACACAUUUCUCCUUUCACUUCUUUCUUUCUUUCUUUUCCCUUUUUUUUUAAAAAACCCGGCUCUGCUCUGUUAUUUAUCCCGCUGAAGCCUUUUUCCUCCCUUAUAGCCUAAGCGACCUUUUUAUUUUUGGACUCUUGAAGAUAGCAAUCUGAAGAUACGCAGGACGACUGGAGGAGGAUAAAGUUAACACAGAGAAUCAGAAGAAAAUUAAGAGAACUGAAGGAAGAAGCUGAAACCUUUUAAAGGAAGGAAGAAGCAUGUCGCGCCUGUCUCUGACCCGCUCGCCGGUCUCUCCGUUGGCAGCCCAGGGCAUCCCGCUGCCAGCUCAGCUCACCAAAGCCAACGCGCCCGUGCACAUCGAUGUGGGGGGUCACAUGUACACCAGCAGCUUGGCCACACUCACCAAGUACCCCGACUCCAGGAUCAGUCGUCUGUUUAACGGCACCGAGCCCAUCGUGCUGGACAGUCUGAAGCAGCACUAUUUCGUUGACAGGGACGGAGAGAUUUUCCGCUUCAUCCUCAGCUUCCUCAGGACCUGCAAGCUCUUACUGCCCGAUGACUUCAAGGAAUUCCACCUGCUGUAUGAGGAGGCCCGCUAUUACCAGCUCUACCCCAUGCUGAAGGAACUGGAGCGAUGGAAGCAGGAGCGGGAUCAGCGGCGCUUGGCUCAGCCCUGCGAGUGUCUGGUGGUGCGCGUGACACCCGACCUCGGUGAGAGGAUCGCACUCAGCGGGGAGAAGAUCCUCAUCGAGGAGAUCUUCCCCGAGACCGGAGACGUCAUGUGCAACUCGGUAAACGCCGGCUGGAACCAGGACCCCACCCACGUCAUCCGCUUCCCCCUCAACGGCUACUGCAGACUGAACUCAGUACAGGUGCUGGAGCGUCUGUUCCAGAAGGGCUUCAGCGUGGCGGCGUCGUGCGGCGGCGGAGUCGACUCGUCCCAGUUCAGCGAAUACGUGCUGUGUCGCGAGGAUAGACGGAGCCAGAACACGAACACGUCCCUCAGGAUAAAACAGGAGCCGCUGGACUAAAAAAACACUGCACUCCUAACUCCUAACAACUUACACACAUACACACACACACACACACACACACACACACACGACUUCGUACGCCUGGUAGCAACAGCGGAAUGCAAUGGAAACAAACACAAACAGCCAAAACACCCAUCGAGGCCAAUCCAAAGACUAGAAACACUUCAAACACCGACACUGUUGUUUCUCGCAGGCCAAAGCCAACGCCAUUGUCAGUGCUGUCAGUAGUUCCUGGCCUGUGAUGAUGUUUGGGGUUUCUUUACAUUGCGUGUGGACGGGUUGUGUUUAGGGACGCCAGCUAAACCACACUGAACAGCACAGGGUCUCUAGACCUCCGCCAGCGAUUGUUAUUCCUUCUUGUUUAUAGAGUUUUAUGUUUUUCUCCGUCCGCCACACUGAUGUAUACAGUCUUUAACGCUA